AUGGCGGAAAAGGAGGAAGGUCUGUUGGAGGAUGGUAGUGAUGAGUUUGUGGGUGAAAGAACAGAAAGGGAAAGGAGGAGGGAGGGCGAGUUGGCAAAUACUGUGGGGCGUCUUGAGAAGUUUCAUGGUGGGACGGUGAUAACAGUUGGUUGUUGGGUGGGUGAUGUUGGGCAGUGGCUUGAUGGUGGUUAUGGUGGGAGGGGAGGGCAUGGGAGUUAA